AGGACAUUCCGCGGCCUCCAAGACAGAGCCGUGUCGACAGCCCAGCCAUCAGGACGUUUUUCAAAAAAUCGAAAAGUGUACGUGUGGUCGGGUUCGCGGUGCGAGUUGGUUUUUUCUUUUUUUUCAAUAUACUAAAACAUAUUUCUUCACUUUUCGCAUCGUGAUUGUUGUUGAAGAAAAAUUUCUCCAAAUACAAAACUCAGUGGCUUGUGAUUUAUUAUUCAAGGUGAACUUUGAACCCGGUUUGUUGGUAACAUUGACUCGGAAAGGUCUUGAUCAACUGGUAUUUCUACACUACAAACGCUUAUAAGAUGGGCUCGCACACAAUCGGCUUCAUCGCUCCAGGGUUCCUCCUUCUAGUAUUCUUAACAGGAAGUUUUGCUUUUAUGGUAAAAACGGCAUUUGAGAAACUGACUGAUUACGACUAUAGGGGAACGACGUAUUACAGUGUUCGAAAUUUGACUCUUUAUGAAUGUCAAGGAUGGUGCAGAGAAGAAGCGGCAUGUCAAGCAGUGGCAUUCUCCUUUGUUGUUAAUCCUUUGGCACCCAUUCAAGAAACACUUUGCGAAUUGCAAAAUGAAACUGCAGCAUCGAAUCCUUCCGCUCAACCUCAGAAAGCUGUAAAUAUGUAUUACAUGACAAAACUUCAAAUUAAAUCUGAAAAAGUUUGUAAGAGACCAUGGGCCUUUGAACGUGUGACGAAUAAAAUGAUAAGAGGCUUCGACAAUGCUCUAAUUUAUGUCUCAACAAAAGAAGGAUGUCUGGCAAAUUGUUUAAACGAAAAUCGUUUUACUUGUCGAUCCGUUGAAUACAAUUAUGCCACUCUACAGUGCCAAUUAAGCGAUUCAGAUAGAAGAACCAUUGGUCACAUUGCACAAUUUGUCGAUUCACCAGGAAUUGACUAUUUUGAAAAUCUUUGCCUUAAAGGAAAAGAAGCGUGUAAGACGAAAAAGAAGUUUGUAUCACCAAAAAUUGGAGUAAGUGAAGAUAAAAUCAAUCAAUACGCUGGUUUAAAUUAUUAUUCGGACAAGGAGCAUCUAGUACAAAAUGAAUCGGCUUGCAAACUUGCUUGCGAAAUAGAAACAGAAUUUCUCUGCAGAUCAUAUCUUUAUCGAGGAGCACCUUUAUCGAGCAACACCUAUAAUUGUCAACUUUUUCAUUUGGAUCAUUGGACACUUCCUGAUGGACCCAACACAUAUUUAAAUGCCGAAAGACCUUUAAUCGAUAAUGGAGAUCGUAUUGGCUCUUACUAUGAAAACUAUUGUGAAAAAGAACCAGUUCCUUCCAUCACCACCACUGAAGAUCCUUUCGGAAAUUCUGGAUUCAAGAAUGAUCUUCCAAAGGAACAAGCAAAUUGCGAUAAGACCGGAACAUGCUACGAUGUAUCUGUGGACUGUAAAGACACACGUAUUGCUGUUCAAGUUAAAACAAAUAAGCCAUUUAAUGGACGCAUUUAUGCUUUGGGUCGUUCUGAAACUUGCAAUAACGACAUCAUAAACAGCGAUCUUUUCAGACUGGACUUAACAAUGAGUGGUCAAGAUUGUAAUACGCAGAGUGUGCUGCCUGUUGACCUGCAGCGUGACGGUUUUCAGACUGGUAUUUACUCCAAUACGGUUGUAUUGCAACAUCAUUCGGUGGUAAUGACCAAGGCUGACAAAAUUUAUAAAGUCAAAUGUACUUACGACAUGUCUUCAAAGAAUAUUACCUUCGGGAUGAUGCCAAUUAGAGAUCCAGAGAUGAUAAGCAUUACCAGUGCACCUGAGGCACCACCUCCAAGGAUAAGAAUCCUCGACAGCAGAUCACGAGAAGUUGAAACUGUUCGUAUUGGUGAUAAACUUACAUUCAGAAUUGAAAUCCCAGAAGAUACUCCUUAUGGAAUUUUCGCUCGAAGCUGUGUUGCAAUGGCUAAAGACUCAAAAAGUACUUUCCAAAUUAUUGACGACGAGGGGUGCCCAUUGGAUUCUUCAAUUUUCCCAAGCUUCACACAUGACGGAAAUGCUCUGCAAUCAGUUUACGAGGCAUUCAGGUUUACUGAAUCCUAUGGUGUAAUCUUCCAAUGCAACGUCAAAUACUGUCUCGGACCAUGUGAACCGGCAAUGUGUGAAUGGGGACGUGAUUCUGUGGAGUCUUGGGGCAAAAGACGUAGAAGGAGUGUUGUAAAUUCCACUGAAGAAAAGUCGGAAGACAUGACUCUUUCACAGGAAAUUCUUGUAUUAGACUUUGGUGAUGAGAAACAAACUGACUUCCUGAAGAAUGACGCCAGCAUAGAUUUCAAUGAAUUGGACAAAACCAUAACAAUUGAACGACCAUGCCCAACGGCCGGCUCACUUUUGGCAAUGCGAGUAACGUGCGCUCUUUUAAUUCUCAUUUACAUCUCCACAAUCUUCUGUUAUUACAUGAAGAAAUGGCUGACACCUCGCAAAAUGAUGCCUUAAAAAGUUUUUUUUUUUUGACUUUUAUAACUUGUGCAAAAAAGGGAAAAUUGUAUGUGAGAUGAAUGAACUGCUAGAGAUAGAGAAAGAAAGAGAAAAGGUGCGAAGAAGCUAAGACUCAAAACAUAUAAUAUAAAUUUACACUUCAUACACAUAUAGAGUAUACUCAAAAAACCACGUCAAGUUAUUAUCAAACGUAAAACGUGAUUAGCUUAUGACCAUCAUUCAACGAAGACAUUUGUCGAUAACUGACAUAAUUACAUCUAUUGCAGAUAACACUUUAAACAUUACCCUAACUCAUUAUUAUUAUACUAAUUUUGAUCAUGUUACAAUCAUUUUUUAAUUUUGGUUUUACAUUUUGGUAAAUAUAAAUUCGCCCUUUGAUUUGUAACUUGUAUCAAAACUAGUAGUAGUAUUUAAUUCACGCUUGAUUAACUUCUUUUUAUAAUUAUAAAAAAAACUUAGUUUAAAAAUAUAAUUUAAGAUUUAAGCGACAACUAGGCUUAAACAUCUUUAAAGCAGAGAUGGGUUGUCACUCCUAGAAGCGCUUCAAACUCAAAAUUUAAUUUAUAAUAUUAAAUUCUAUUUGAAAUUCCUACAUUAUGCUUUUAAAUCUCUAGUACUUAGUUUUCAGAAGCUAUUUUCAAAUUAAAAGCUUCUUUGAAGAAAAAUUGUGCAAUAAAGAAAGCAAAGGAUUAUUAAAUUCAAAUAGAAUUUUUUUAUUAUAAAUAAUUAAGGCUGCAAUUUAAAGAAAUUUAACGAAUGAUUUUUAUGUCUGUGUACGAGUGCAAUUUUAAUAUUGUACGAUUAUUCAAUUAUUCAUAUAUUUUACAGCUUAGCAUUUUUUUUAUAUUUAAACUUGGACUUUACUGGUAGCGAUAAUUUUUAUUAAACUAAUCAAAGUACUCAGUAAUUUUCAAGUUUUCAUUUGUCGAUAGUAAAUUCUCUUAUUUUUUUUUCAAUUGUAUUUAAUUAUUUUAAUUUUUAAAUUAAAUUAUUAAAUUUAAUUUACAAUCGACAAAUUUAAACUUAGUUUUAGAGAAACAAUAUUGGUUUCGCGACGAAAAAUAUGUUUUUUUGAGAAAAAAAUUAUGUAUAUUAUAUUUAUUGUAUUUAUUUAAUUUACUUUUGUCGAAAUUGAUUGGAAUUUAGAAAAAUUGGAUUUAAAAUUCAAUCAAAAAAAAAAGUAUUUUGAAAAAAAAAAUUAACCAAAGUUAAGGCCCAUGUGCAGUUUUAUAUAUACGAAAAAGAAGUCGUCGCGAAACAUAAAUGCAGUUUCAAGAUAUUCUUUUAGUUAAAUGAGCGUUUGAAUGAUUCGGGCAUCUCGUCAAUACAUUUUGCAUGUAUUUUUUUUUUUAAGAGGAGUUUCAAAAACUCCACUAUAUUGCCAAGUGUACUUAUUUUCACAGACUGACAUUCUUAAUGCGCCAACAACACGUUUUUUUUUUUUUUACAGAGAUCUUAUUUUUUGAAAAACAAUUUUUAUUUACAAAUUUAGAGCCAAAUUGAACCGUAAAAAUUCAAUUCGUUCUUUUACACUAAAAAAAAAUUUUCAAAAUUAAAUUUCUUCUGCUUUUCUAAAUUUUUUUAUAUAAUUAAAAAUCUAUGUGUUGUUGAUGAAAUUCCAGUGAGAUAAUGGAACACUCAUAAUUGUAAAAAAAAAAAAAAAAAAAAAUUUCAUAAUGAGAUUAUAUAGACUGUAAGAGAGAGAGAGUUUUCUAAUAGAGAUAGGAAAACUGGAACAAAAGUAUCUGUAUUAGCCAGGUUGAAGAUGGUUUCCGGUUAAGAUAUGCUUAUUUUAGCCGGCAGAGGGGAAGGGCAAUCGAUUUGCAAAAUUAGCUUAUAGGUAUUCUAUAAUUCGUAUAUGUGUAUUUUAUAAAGUAGCAUUGAAUAGAAAAAAGAAAAACAAUUCUCGUAGGCUUCAAAAAAAAAAAAUUAAUAAUAAUAAUAAUAAUUAAAGGAGAAAUAAAAUGGAAAAAAAAUGUAUAUACUACAACGGAUAGUAAGCCUUUGUCCGACGUAAUCACACAUACAUCAUGCAUCACAUUUAUUUGUAUUCUAUUUAUAUACACAUCUGUUUUAAUAAUUAAAUGAAAUCAAUUCUGAUAA